AUGAGCGUGUUAGGCCUGCGCGACAUCCAGCUGAACGUUCCUGAAGCCGUAGGCGUAGGUUCAAGUGCAACGCUAGGGUGCCGCUGGGCGCUGGACGUGGGCGAGGCACUCUAUACCGUCAAGUGGUACCACGGCGCACAGGAGUUCUUUCGUUUUGUACCUAAGGAACUACCCAAUACUCGAGUCUUCUCUCAAACAGGAAUCAGCGUCGACGUAUCGAGAUCUGGCGCACAGCAAGUAGUACUGAGGGGCGUGACGCGUGGUCUCAGCGGUCGCUACCGUUGUGAGGUUUCUGCUGAUGCACCAUUCUUCCAUACGGUCUACAAAAGCGCUUUUAUGAGAGUUGUUGAACUACCCGAAAUGGGACCGAGCGUUCGGGCGCAGAAAAGUUGGUAUUCGAUUGGUGACAUGCUCCGCGCAAACUGUUCGUCACCGCCCGCUGACCCGCCAGCCAAUCUCACAUGGCUACUAAAUGGCCAGGAGGUGAAAGGGCUGGAUAUUCCGCUGCACGACAUCUCAUACGCGCGAAGAAAACCUGUGAUAAGCGACGCGUCGCUGGAAGAUGCUAAUCGAAUAAUAUUUAGUCCAUGGGACGCAAUCUCGAGCUACGAGGAGCCUGUCACCGACAAUGUAAUUGACCUUCCUGGCAAUAUAGGCGGCGUAGCGGGCAUUCCCUAUGCCGAUAGCAAUCGGAAACAUGAAACUACUACCCGCCUUGCGCCAAGAAUAGAACAAAUAACAAAUAAAUCGAACAUAGGUUCAGACGAAGAAAAAUCCAAUAAAUCAUCUUCGUUUAGCCAACUCGUUAUACGAGUACAGUCUGUGCAUUUUCGCAAGGGGCGGUUGAACGUGACUUGCAUGGCGCACGUGCUGUCGGUGUGGUCAAACAGCGGCGUGCUCAUACUGGAUGAGGAGCGGCCACAGAUUGCGCCGGUAAUGGGCAGCAGGGAUUCAAACUCGGGUAAUUUCAAUAUUGUACAUGCAUUUUGA